AUGAGGCAGUUAUUCAGGCGCAAGAAGGAUCCUUCUACCGACAGUAUUCCAUAUGGCAAAAUCUCAUCUAGUACAGAGCUCCGCAGCCUUCAGGAUGUACAAUCCAAUAUCAAUCAACCAUCAAUUUCGAAAGCCGGCGACACAUUGGCGUCCGAUAGCGGUGUAAUCAACGAUUAUUCCCUUGUGAACUCCAUGACCGCGUACAGAGCGCUGUGCGACUGGCUUGAGCAAAGCGCUCAAUUCGCAGAGGAUACCCGCGAGCCUCUCAAGGCCACAUACGCGGCAUUACUCAGUGGGAUUCAGAUUGCGCGGGAAAUCCACGACAUGAGCGAUUCCUGGGCAGAAUUGAUCGCGGAAAUUCAGCUCCACGCUGAGGUCAUCGAUCUUUACAUUAUGGAUAGGCAGCAUAGUAAGCUAGAACUAAACGGGAAUGCUCAACUACGCGAAGCGAUAGGCCAGUACCUCGGAGUGAUCCAGGAUAUCAUGGUGGAAGCGGAACGUGGUUUAAGCGCUGCAAUGCCAUACCCACGAGCAUCACGGUUUGGGAUGAUGCGAAUCGAUCAGAAACGGAUUGAGCAGCUCCGUGAACGUGAGGCAACUGCUUUCCAACGGUACAGGGCGUCUGCCUCUGUUGUGCUGUAUAGUAGAGUUGGGGAUGCAGCCAAGACGAUUCGCGAAAUCCGUGAGGAGGUUGAAAUUUCGCUAUCUUGGACUCAGAGGAACGACGACUAUGGUGCGCUUGCUUCGAUCAUGCAAUCGUUCUAUGGCACCGAGCUCGAAGCUUGUGAAAAAGGAACAAGGCGUGAUGUACUCAUGAGGAUUGAAGACUGGGGAUCAAACAUGCGUCCAGAGGCAAAGCAAAUCUUCUGGCUGAAGGACGCGGCCGGCACUGGCAAAUCAACUGUCGCAGCAACAAUGGUCAAGGAGUGGCAAUCCCGAAAUCAACUCGCCGGUCGCUUCUUCUUCACUCCAAACGUCGUGCCUAACCGAGGGAUUCAUUACUUUUGUCGGGCGAUCGCCAAAGACAUUGCAUUUCACUUUGACAACAUAGCCAAUAGGGUGGAAGCUGCAAUACUAUCUUCUCAAGAAAACUCUUCAAGCUUCCAUGUCCAAUUUGAACGACUUGUGCUGGAACCUCUGCGAGAGGUCGGUAGACGGCCAGUGUUUCUCGUCGUCGACGCGCUGGACAAUUGCGAGUACUACGACAGGCAAUCUUUGCUCAAGACUAUGCUCGCUACACUCUCAUCAGUACCGCACCUGAGGGUACUUCUCACGAGCCGACCUCUUCAGGAUAUUGUCGAUACUUUGCAUGGGUCGCCGAUGAUUUGUGGCGACGAUGUUCAGCUUCUCGACGUUGAUAAUAUACCUUAUGAAGACAUCAGACUCUAUGUCGAUGCCAGGCUCCAAGACCUGACCACAGAGGACCGGCAGCGGAUCACUAAGCAUGCCCAUGGCCUCUUUAUCUGGGUCGCAACAUUUUAUCGAGCUUUCAAGGACCCACGAGUGCAAAGGAGAAUUCUAGAUAAUCUCUCCCAUGCUCAAGUUACGAGCCCACUGGAUACACUCUACCUCGAUGUGCUCGAACAAGCCCGUCAAGUCGAUACGGGAAUAAAGGACGAGCUUCGAAGAAUACUGCAGAUCAUCAUUUCUGCAUUUCAACCCAUCUCUAUUAACACCAUCUGUGCACUCUUUCCACGUGUGCAGGCGGUCGAUACAAUCGUGCAGGAUCUCGCGGGCGUGCUAAAGGACGGACACCCAGAUCGUCCCAUCAAGGUCCUACACCCUACCUUUCGAGAUUUUAUUGCGUCGACCCCGGACCGGGCGAAUGGGUUUGUUGUAGAGUUGGACCCAUCGCAUGAAAUGCUCGCGAAAGCGUGCAUGAAUGUCCUAGCUCGUGUCCUAGAGUUUGAUCUCUUGCAAGUCUUACAUGCAAGGGGGGAUGGUGGUAUCCCACGGAAUGCAGACGUUGCGAAUCUGGGAGCGCUGGUGGAGAAACAGUUCUCAGCCGCAGUGAGAUAUGCUAGCGCGUACUGGGCUCUCCAUAUCACGUCUUCAGAUGGCGCAUGGAGUGAUUGGACGCGACUGAGGCUGUUCUUACAAGAAAACUUUGUGCAUUGGGUAGAACUGAUGAGUUGGAGAGGGAUGGUUGGCCACGCGCUUUACGCCCUCUCUCAACUGAAUCGAAUGGUAAAGCGUAGUUCUAUCACAGAAAUUCGCCCGUGGGACAAGGCAAUCGUCCAGCAGGCAUUCCAUUUUUUACUCAAGUAUCAAGCACUCAUAGCUGAAUCUGCUUUACAUACGUACACAGUUCCUGUGGCCCUGUCUCGCCGUGACUCUGCUCUACUGAGGAAAGUACGCACGGUAAAGACAAUCCCGACACUAAAGGUCAUCACUUCCGAGACGGCAACGUCGUCGGAUCAUCAGAUCCUACUCACUGGUAACAAAGACGGAUUGCAGACUGUACGCAUCUCACGGGACGCGGAUAGAGUGCUCUGCGUUGGUGCCGAGGGAAGUUUGUGUCUCUGGGACACGGAUACCGGGAGCAUGGUUGGUACACCUAUCGAAGGACAACGUGGUGGACGAGCAGUUCGCUACGCAGAACUUUGCAUCAAUGGGACGCGUCUAGCGUAUGCGACGGGUCCUGGUAUGCUCCAUUUAUGGGACGCAUCGCUCGGACGUCCGAUUUGGGAACGCAAUUACAAGCGCGACUUGAAGCCGUGGUACGAGCCAAAUUCGUGGGGUCAUAUCCUUCGGUUCUCACCUACAAAGUCCUAUUUGGCACUCUUGACGCGGUGUCAUGGUCAAGGUGUGGACUGGAGGACGAUAGUCAGCUUUUACGAUACGGAUGUGGGAGUCCCGAUGGAUCAGAGGGUUUUAUUUGAAGACGAAGCCAUUCUGGAUUUUGAAUUCUCCCCAGACGGACAACGUGCAGUGUUUGUUGGGGAACGGGAAACCGCCAAUGUCGGGGUGGCGUUUGUGUAUGAUAUGGAGACAUUUAGACAGCUCUCUCGGAUAGAGAUGGCGUACAUGGAGCUCCUCACCCUCUCCAUUGCUGUAUCGGCGGAUAGUACCAGAUUCGCCAUCACCUUUCGACUCAAUCGUCUAGGAAGAAAAGACGUCAAAGCGCCCAUGGUUCUCUUGGACGCGAGGACGGGAGACGAAAUUGUAGACGAGUCGCCGCCGCCGCUGUCGUCGCCAUCAUUCCAUCUUGUGCGAUUCGCGCCCGUUGGAGAAAUCAUGGCAUGUAUCCCGCGGACAGGGUCAGAUGUCGUCCUGCGGGAUAGGCGAACGGGACGUGAUGUUGGUUUUCUCCGGUCGAGAGCGCAGACCCUGGACGCGUGGUUCUCUCUCGACGGGAAGCGCCUGGCUGUACUAUCGAGUGAGGAAACGAUUGAUGUGUGGGAUGUGGCUACGCACUCUAUCGUUUCCCGUCGGUUUGGUGGAUAUGUCGGCAUGGGGGGUGAUGGCGAGCAUGUCGUGCUCUCAGAAGAUUGGAGCAAAUUGUUUGCAUAUUCGUGGAUGGGCAGCAAUGAGAUUUGCGUCUACGAUACCCUGACGCCUACAGGGGCGAUUACCGUCGUCUCCCCCGCCACGAGGAAGAAGAAAAAGAUCAAGUCUCCACCGACAAGGGGCGUGUUUGUUGAUGAUAUGCGGUUCAUCGGACCGUUUUACUCUGACACGGAGCAUCCGACAUGCAUCUGGCGAAUCGUCCCAGGUGAAGAGGAGAGAAUGGAGAUUGUAGAGACGAUGGACGAACUGCAAGGAUUGAGCGAAUGCAUUGUCUGUCCAGACGGACAGUCGAUGGCGCUCACUCUCCCUGGGCGAUUAGUAUUCUACUCGACCACCUGUCGACCGGAGCCACUUUUGAUUCGACUGGAAAACAUGCGGGACGAAGUAGCGCGUGGGCUUGGCACCAAGGUAUUCUCGGCGAAUGGACGAAUCCUAGCGUGUUCGAACCAGAGGUUUACCCAGGUGUGGGCGUAUCCGAGUGGCCAGUUCAUUUGGGAAGCAGGAGGAACGGUUGGGCUAGGUGACCAUGUAGCGCUCUCGUCUGAUGGAACGAGGAUUGUUGGCAAGCUGGAGGAGGAGAAGCAACUUGCUGUGUAUGAUUUGGAGCAAAAGGAGUGGAUCAAGAGUGACAGGGAUGAUUUAUUUGGACUCUACUUUCGGUUUGCAUUCUCCAAGGACGGAAGGAUGGUAGCGACGAUUACCAAACAAGGGCUCGAGGUGUGGAAAGUGGGAGAACGGGCGAUGGGAAUGGUCGCACGAGAAGACUUUACAGCAAGUUUUCUUGAGAGACAAUCGCUGGUGUUUGACGAGAAUGUGGUUUAUGGAUACCGAGUCUGGCAAUUAGGGAUGCAAGGGGACCAAGUGGUGAUGGAGAGAUGCAAGGGAAGCCGGGAUUUGAUUGUGGGAUAUGAGGACGGAUGGAUAUGGAGUGGUGCAUAUGGACCCCGUAGAGAAAUUCCGGUGGCCACGUAUAUGCGCCCGUGGUUGUCGUAUGGGCGCUACAGUGUCCGGGGAUGGCGGGUGCUAGUAUGGGAUGAGUGCUAUUCGCCUGUCAUCUUGGUGCUGGUGCCAGCCUGGAGGCUUCCCGAGCGCGCAUAA